GGGUGGAGGAGGGGUAUUGCUGUAUCUGCAAUCCCAGGCCCAACCUGCCAAAGGGCAAAGACAGCGACUGUCUAAACUUGGUCUCUGUCUCUCCAGCCUUUUCCUCUUGGGAAGCAUUAAAGACAAACAUUAGAAAAUAAUUUGACUUUUUGGCUGUCUGAUAAAAGAAAGGAAGUUCUAAUUUACAAACAAGAGUCUUGCUUAAGAGUUUUUCACGCUGAAGUACCCAGUAGGAUUAAAUCGUUCAGAGGAGUGAGGAAAAUCCUGAUGUUUUGUCUUCAUGGAAACAAUCUGCUGAAGGACUGAAGCCUUUUCAGAAGGAUUUUAAUUCUGGAAGUAUGACUGAAGCAGCUGAAGCUCGCUCGUCAGUGACAACCACCAUGGUCAUUGACGGGAAGGCCGUGGAGGCCGGCUCGACGACUCUCCGGUCAUCGAAGAAAACUUUGACAGAUGACCUCUACUCCACGUUCAGCUCCCCUCUGGCCUGGAUCCUGGUUCUGGCACUAAUCAUCACCUGGACAUGCGUGUUCAUUAUUAUGUUUGAUGUGGCUGACUAUAAGACCAUUGCUGAUCGGCCUCCUGCUGGGAUCAGGAAGGUUUUAAAGAGUUCAGGGCGCAGAGGAGGCCUCAGUAAGUUCGGUUCAGAUCCUGUGAAGGUGGUGAACGAUGCCGUGGACGAAUCAACAAACAUUAUUAGUGCCGUGUUCAGUUUCGCUGCGAACCUCAUUGCUCCGGAUGAAGACGAAGGAACGCUGUAUGCAGUGAGGAAAAAAGGAGAAUUUUUACCGCCAAGAAGUAAAGUUAUAGGAAUGCAAGUUGAGACAAAACUAGAAACGACAGAAGAAGCAGCAAAGGAAGAGGAA